AUGAGAUCAAAUUCAUGUUCUCCAAGACAUAUUUCUAAUGUGAAUGGAAGCUUGAUAGCCAAGGAAGAUUAUGGCCUUCUGUGUCCAUUUGCAGGAUCAGAGCCCUCCGCCCCCGCUGGCUGCCAGCCCCUAGGGACUCCUGGGGCGGGGUGCGCCCAGGGCCCGGCCCGGAGCCUGCGGGAGCGCUCCUGCCCGCCCCACCGCGGCCCGGCCCGGCCCGGCCCGGCCCGGAGCCUGCGGGAGCGCUCCCGCCCGCCCCACCUUGGCCCAGCCCGGCCCGGCCCGCAGCCUGCGGGAGCGCUCCUGCCCGCCCCACCUUGGCCCGGCCCGGCCCGGCCCGGCCCGGCCCGCAGCCUGCGGGAGCGCUCCCGCCCGCCCCACCGCGGCCCGGCCCGGCCCGCAGCGCCCGGCAGGGAGCGGCCGGCAGCAGCCAGCCCCGCCCGCGGCGGCACGGCGGCCACGUCAGCCCGGAGCCGCCCCGCCGCGCCCCGCCCGCCUCCGGCCCCGAGCCGGAUCCCGGAUCCCGCCGCCCUUCCGCCGGCGCCGGGGAAAGCGCUGCGGUCCCGGCCUGCCCCGCGCCCGGCCCGCUCCGCCGCCGCUCCCGCCGCCCCUCAGCGCCGCUGGGAGGGCUCAGCUCCGCCGCCGCCCCGCCCCGGUCCAGCAGUUCACCCCGCUCCGCUCCGGUCGGUCCCGCGGAGCUCCGGGCGCGGGGCUCGGCAGCCCGGCUUUGUGCCGAGGGGCGGCUCAGCGGCAGCCGGCCCCCCGCGGGAUGACCCCGGCGCCGCUCAAGGUAAGCGUGAGCCCUGCUCCCCCCGCCUGCGCGGUGCCCUGGGUGCCGUUCAGUGCCCGUGCAGCUGUGCGGGAUUACCCCAGCUAAGGGAACGGCCAAGAGAUGGUCUGCCGCUUGUGUGGGCUUCACAAAGAACCUAA